AUGGUCAGAUUGCUCGACUUGGAGACGAUUGUGAACGGAGCGGAGGUGUUUGAUGAUGAGCUCUCAGCUGCAGGUGAGAGGUCGAACCCUAAUAUCAAUCAGUUUUCGGCAGCAUUGUCGUGUUAUCCAAUUGCAUAUCAGCUAGCAACAUAUCUCGACCUGAACUCUCUCUACGAGCUUUCAAGAACAUGUCGACAGGUUCGAGCAAACCUCUUGCAAUAUCGGCAGAUGUUGAUAGCACGGACGCUCCACUGCAGCAACGAGGAGCCUUGGUCCAAACAGCGGCGUGACGAAUUAUUGCAAGCCGAACCAGACACCUGGACGACACAUGGUGGCGGAGGUGCUAGAAUCGAACGCAUCACGAGCGGAAGAAAUGGGAUCUGUGCCAGGGACAUGGUGGGAGACUGCCGUCGAUGCGGUCGGGUGGUCUGCAGGAACUGCAUAAUCAAAACGCCUACCACAACAGUCGUCAGAGGAAGACAUCGACGACUUUGUCGAACAUGUAUGAAAGCACCAUUGAACGCACUCACAAGCACCAAGACUACAAAGGUCGGAACUGGUGACGACGAGGAGAAUACUUCGUUGAGCUACAUCCGUCAACCUUGUACCUGUGAAACGAUCGUGUGGAUCUGCCAGCCGUGUGGGCACGCCCUACGGCCUGCAGAUACAACCUAUAUCCGCGGUUGGGCUUGGCGUACGAGAUAUUCCGCCUGUGGCGGCUUCGGCGCUGGACUAGGAGAGGGAAAUGAAGGAGUAGAGUGUGGCUGGAUGUCUGAUUGCCUUGCAGCACGCAUGGUCGAGAAGGACGUCGAGUGCGACGCAUCUGAACUAGCCGCAUUGGAGGAGGAGCUCGCGAAAGCCGAGAUGCAGGGUCAUCGAUGGGUCGGGUGCAGUUACUCGACUCAAGAAAUUGUCGGGAUUGGAGGCAAGGUGAAGAAAAAGGUUCGAAAAAUAGUUCCCGUCGGGGCUAUCGUGAAGGAAUAUGAAGAUGAGCGGGUGACGGAAAAGUUUCUGGGUCGUGAGCAUGUCGGAACCAACCGCAGUUGGUGCUCAUGGUGCACACGGGUCAUUGCCAGCAACAACGACAAAGAUAACGCGAAGUCUAGCAGUCCCGUACACUCAACCCUCUCCGAUGGUUCCGAAGAUGGUCCGAGCCACUGA